CACUAUGUUGCUCAAGCGACAGCGUCGUCGUCGCUUCCUGUGCGGACCGCUCGCCCUUAUUUUGUCUUCCGUCUCGAAUCCGUCGCGCGUUAAAUUUGCACCUGUGCACGCUCAGGAAUUCAGCAGUUAUUUCGUGCAUUUAUGAAUAAAACCAGCUACGCGUUCUCUCGAUAGAAAUUAUUUUCAAUUUCUCGAGUUACGACAUUGAGCACAAGACCGUUGCGCGCCGCGCGCGUAAUCGAACGUGCGCAUGCGCGGUCGACUGGUGGCGCCAAAUUAUGAUUCGGUUUUUCGAUGAGAAGAGAAAUGUCUGAAAUAUAUACACAUUGUUCGAUUUUGGAAAUUUCUCAGUCAAAUAUAUAAUCGAGAUCGAUUCGCAUCGAUCGUCUCUCUCGUAAAUAUUAAAGCCUACAAAUAAAUAAGCCUCGGAAUAAACUGGUCUAUAUGGAAGGUGUGUGCGAAUAUAAAUUCGUUAUGUCAUAUAAGAAAAUAUGUAUCUUUUUCAAUAGAUUUGUGUAUACACUCUUUGUAAAUAUGCAGAAUUAUUAUUUUAAUUAAAUAGUGUAUAUAUAUACAUAUAUAUACAUCAGAGAGAUGUAAUAAUUUUCAUCAUGUAACCAGUUAGAUCAAUAUUAAGGUUACCAUAGAGAAUAGUAUGUUUUACAAGUACUGGAAAAAUCUACAAGAUCGAGAAAAAAAAAUCCAGUGGUAUUUUUACUUAUAAUAACGUGUAGAGUUAUAUCGAGACAACGUAUACAUAUCUUUCAAAAAUUAAGACUGGAUGCAACUAUUUUCCGUCGAUACAGAAUUCGAGUACGUAAUAAGGAAACCGGAGCAGCAAAGAAUAUGUUUCGGUUCCGGACAAUCACGCGAUACCUCCAAGAAGGGAGCGAGCCCCUUUAUGAGAUAUUACAUCUUAGAAGACAAUCCCAAUAUAGGGCCUGGCUCAUACAAUGUCUUGGAAUCAUUUAACGCCAUGAAAACUAAGCCAUGUUCUCAUAGCAUCAGCAAAAAGGGCUAUAGUGGCCUUGCUCGAUUUGGCACAUCUAUUGCUUAUGUGGAAGAUUAUCCAUCACCAUCUGAUUACAAUGUUUCUUCCUUUCCUAAACAUGUCAAAUCACAGAAAUACCCAUUUGGAUCUACCAGUGAAAGAAAAUUCUUGUAUGUCAACAAAAAUCCAGGGCCCGGUAUGUACAUCAGCAAAGAGAUAAAAGGCAUUACAUUUCAACAUAGUUUCGGCGGUAGAGUUAAAAUGCAACUCGGUAUCGAUCUCAAGUGUUGUAGUCGCAACACGGAUAUUUGCAAGAUAUGUGGAAAAAAGCCAACAGGAGAUUAUUGGCACUUGAAUAACAAGAUCUUCUUGUGCAGGAUUUGUAUGACACGAGAAUUUCAAGAACAAGUAAAAUUUAAGAAGAGGAAACUUGAAUUAUUCCGUAAAGUAAGAGACUGCUCAGGUAUUCACAUUCAUGAAGGCACUGAUGCAAAGAUAUGGUUGAUACAUCCUGCUAUAGCCAAACAAUGGACAAGAAGAGAAACAUAUCUCUCGGCUUAUUUAAAAGAUUAACAAAAAUGGAAUUAUAACAGAUGUUAAAUUUCGGAUACAAUUUUUCAUCCACAAUUUUCAAUCUCAUGAUUUUACUAUUAUUAUUAUAUGUAUCAAAUAUAAAGAAAGUUUUUUUACAUAGAUUGAAUUUAUUUAAUUAUUAAUCAAUAUUUAUACAUUUUCAUAAACUUAUAUAUGUCUAAUUUUAGGCGCUAUAUACACACAAAGAUUAUAUAAAAAUAUGCGCAUAUAUAUAUAUAGUAAAUACUUCAAAUAAUAGUUUAAAUAUUCUGAAUAGAGUGAUCCGAUGUCAAUAUUUACUUGAUAUUAUCAUUACGUAUACACAGUCAUCAGUCAAUAGGAUAAGUUCUGAGUUAGUUUGGAUGAUACCUUCUUCAAGAAAAAGAAAAUAUAUGAUAAUAAGUAUAUAAUAAGUUAAUUCAAGCACCAAUACCACAAUUAAUUAUCAACUAAUUUAAAGCUCCUGUUUCCUCAUUGCUUUCUUGCAUGUAUUAAAUUAUAAUAUCAGAAGUGAAAAAUAUAAAAUUUCUUGC